AUGGAGGUAACAAGCGCUAUUCAACAACUGCGAGAGGGGCAAAAGCCAGAAUGGCCAACAGCUUCCGACACUCUCGACUUUGCACAGUCUCUUGACCAGAGCGACCACAUCCAGAAGACAUUUCGAUCAGAAUUCGUGGUUCCGACCAAAGCCCAGCUCAAGCGAAAAACACUCAAGGAUGAUGAGAAAACAGCAGCUUCAGCAUCAAGCACAAAAGAGGAGAGCAUCUACUUUUGCGGUAAUUCAUUAGGUCUGCAACCAAAGGCUGUAGGUGAAUACCUAAACGCAUACCUGAAGACAUGGGGAUCUAUUGCUGUUGGGGGCCACUUUACCCAGCUCGAGGACUCGCCUUUAACGCCAUACCAAGAUAUGGCUGCCGAUUGUGCGCGAAAAAUGGCCCCUAUUGUCGGCGCAUCACCAUCAGAGAUUGUUGCCAUGAACACACUGACCAUCAACUUGCACCUGAUGAUGGCUGCAUUCUACAAACCCACCGAGAAGAAACACAGAAUCAUGUGCGAGUGGCGACCAUUCCCCAGCGACUGGUAUGCCAUCGAAUCACAGAUCGAAUGGCACGGUCUGGAUUCCAAAAAGUCAAUCCUUCCUGUAGACCCGGACGACGGAUAUCUCAUGACCACGGAAAACAUCUGCAAAUUGAUUGACCAGCAUGCCGACGAACUUGCAUUGAUCCUCCUCCCAGGCAUCCAGUACUACUCCGGCCAACUCCUCGACAUCCAAACUAUCACCGCACACGCCCACAGCCAUGGCAUAACCAUCGGUUGGGACUGCGCCCACGCCGCCGGCAACGUCGAGCUAAAGCUGCACGAAUGGAACGUCGACUUCGCCUGCUGGUGCACCUACAAAUACAUGAAUGCCGGCGCCGGCGCCAUCGCAGGCGCAUUCGUGCACUCGAAACACGGCGACAACGGGUCCAACGUCGGUCUCAAAGGCUGGUACGGCCACGACAAGUCCUCCCGCUUUCUCAUGGAUAACAAGUUCGUGCCUACGGCCGGCGCAGGGGGCUUCCAGUGCUCGAAUCCUAGCAUCGUGGACCUCACUUGUCUGUCCGGCUCGCUUAGCGUCUUUGAGAAAACGUCGAUGGAAAAGCUAAGGUCGAAAGCACUGCUGCUCACUGCGUACGCUGAGCAUCUUCUCUCCGCCAUUGCGGCGCGGAAUCAGAAAGACGGCCGGGACCCGUUCGAAGUUAUCACGCCGAAAGAUCCGAGAUGGCGGGGUACGCAGCUCAGCGUGCUGUUGCAGGAGGAUUUGAUGGAGAUUGUGAGCGAUGCUUUGGUGGAGGGCGGCGUUGUCUGCGAUAAGAGGAAGCCUGGGUGCAUACGGGUGGCGCCGGUGUCGUUGUAUAAUACGUUUGAGGAUGUGUGGAGGUUUAUGAGGGUUUUUGAGGGUGGGUUGGAGAGGAAGGUUCGGACGCCUUGA